AUGGACUCUCCGUCCGGCGCCACAUUGGCGCCCCCAGCAGUUGCCUCUUUGAGGGCACAGCAAACAACUGCCAUGGAGAGGUCCUUGAGUCAGGACAUUCGAGAGGAACGUGAGGAGCUUCGCGAAGCCGCCGAACAGACUCUCAAUACAAUCGUCGACCUCAACCUCGAUGGAACCAUUAAAUGGGUCAGCCCCUCCUGGACAGACGUGGUGGGCACCCAAUUCGAGACUGUCAACGGCCUCCCUAUUUCAGACUUGAUAGUCAGCGAUAACAAGAACGUCUUUACCGAAGUUGUCGAAUCCAUGAAGAAGGAUGAUUCUCGAAGUCAUCGAGUUCGAUUCACUGUCCAACUUGGGCCCCUCUCGAAACUAUUACCUAUUGUCGAUCUUGAACAAGACCCCGAAAACAAGCCAUCACAUGUCGUGGACCUCGAAGCCCAAGGAAUCAUGGUUUAUGACAGUGUCUCGGGUGGUGAGAGCCAUACAAUGUGGAUGAUUCGUCCGUGGAUUGCUCCACGAGAGAUCAAGAUCGAUUUGCCCAACGUCAUUGUCGAUUCUCUAGGCUCUGGCGCCGAGGUUUUGGCAAGCUAUCUGACCCAACUCGCUGAAAGCGGGCUCGACGAACCCGAACAACUUGAACCUCCACCACCCGUCCUCUGCCGGAUUUGCGAGCGUCAAAUUCCCCGAUGGUGGUUUGAGAAGCAUACUGAAUUGUGCCUGCAAGAACAUCGGGCUGAGAUGGAUGUUCAAAUGGCUCAAGAAAACUUGACUGAACAUCGCCACUCGAUUGUUAGGGUCCUCGAUGCCUUGGAGGCUCGAAAGAGUCGAUCUCUAGCUGGCGACCAAACUCCUGUCCCCGUUGCCGAGUACAAGGGCUUGCCCAUUGGACCGCCGCCGUCGACUCAGUCAUCCCCCGGCAGCUCAUUGCCUCGAUCGAGGGAACGUUCUGGAGGACUUGGGCAUACUAGGGCGCGCUCGUUCGCUAUUCGUCGACCACAAGCUCGAAUCGUGGAGUUGCUGAUGGAUCUUUGCGACACUGCUAUCGAAGUCAGUACUCCUGCUAUCAAGGAGUCUACAACACAACAAAACAACGGAGAAUUCAGAACGCAAUCACCGCAGUCCGAAUCACGAAUAUCACAGGUUCUACAGUGGCAAUCGCCGAGUACAAACACCCUUGAACAAGAACAAGGCCUGGCUUUACUAUGUGCUGAUACGGAGAAGGUUGCCAGGACCAAAGUCGAUGCAGUUUUUCGUCACAGAAAGAUCAUAGAAUAUGCCGAACGUAUUCGUAUCGAGCUCGCAUGUCUUGUUCAAGACUGUAUUGACGAUGCUCUGAGGAAGGCAGCUCGCAUAGCCAAUGGCGAGCUUACUGACUCGACAGAAGAAGAAAGACUGAACUCCGAGUAUGAACAGUGCGAAUCAUGCGACGAGGCUAUUGGAGCUGACGAAGAUGUUCCCCCGGAACCGCUGUUGCCAGAGCCUCAGCAAGUUGAGCAACGUGACAGCGAAAGCUUUACGGAGCCUCUUAAUAGCCCAUCCGUCUUGGCCACAGCUCUCCGUCAGAUGAACCUGUCCGAGAACCGAGAUCGGUCACGACCAACCUCCUUCGUGGCUUCUACUAGAUCUAGCAGUCCAAAAGAGUGCCCGACACCCCGAUCGCACUUUGGUGGGCAGAGCAACUUGGGAAUCCAAGCACGCGACACACGUAGAGAUUCCAUCUAUAUGGAAGGUGACUUUAUGGACAGCGAAGGCAGCUUCCGGUCUUCUUCAGUUGCAUCUCGCAAUGCUCCAAGGACCGAGUCGCCUAUUUCAGAGUUUGGAGAUCUCCGACGUGCUGCUAGUACAAGGAGACGUCACCGAAGAAGUCUUAUUUUGCCUGGCGCUUCAUCACCUCACCGCCAGGAGUCGCCUUCCCGACCAGGACAGCCAUCAUCUCCCCUACGAAUCAAAGCCAGAGGGUUUCCGAUGCCACAAGAGGGUGUCAUUUCGCCAGAGGCAUCUCCUAUGCUUCCCGGGAGUGAUUUUAGCUCGCCUGCUGCACAUAGCCACAGGCACCACCGUCGACAGUCGUCGGCCGCCAUUUCUGACUUUGUCAUGAAGCCGCCUCCAUCCCCUCGUCUGGGGGGUAACCAAGCUCCUCCACAACCCCGACCAACCCAGCCGUCGAUCAAAGAUUUCGAGAUUAUCAAGCCUAUCAGCAAAGGCGCGUUUGGCAGCGUUUAUCUGUCAAAGAAAAAGUCCACCGGAGAGUACUUUGCAAUCAAAGUGCUCAAAAAAGCUGAUAUGGUAGCCAAGAACCAAGUUGGCAACGUCAAGGCAGAGCGCGCCAUCAUGAUGUGGCAAGGAGAAAGUGAUUUUGUCGCCAAGCUCUACUGGACAUUUUCGAGUAAAGACUACCUCUAUCUGGUUAUGGAAUACCUGAACGGCGGUGACUGCGCCUCCCUCAUCAAGGUUCUUGGAGGACUUCCUGAGGAAUGGGUAAAGAAGUAUCUUGGUGAGGUUGUCUUAGGUGUUGAGCAUCUUCACAGCCGCGGCAUUAUUCAUCGUGACUUAAAGCCUGAUAAUCUUCUUAUUGACCAGAAGGGUCACUUGAAGCUCACGGAUUUUGGUCUUUCUCGGUUGGGUUUGGUUGGUCGACAGAAGCGCGCAUUGAACAGCGAGGUUACAGACGGAACGCCAGAUUUACUCAAGCAAGGCCCCUUUGCUCGGUCUGCAUCUAUUGCUUCUUCGAGAUCAGCCUCACUUGAUCUGCAUGGCCAUACUCAGUCACCUAGCCAGACUCCUCAAAUGACUCCUGAGGUCGGCAGCUUAGCUCAGCCAUCUUAUUUCAGCCUCGGCCAGGAACCUCGGCGGGUGUCAGGCACCCAUCGAAGCGAUAGCGGCGGUAGCGAAACAUUGGCUCGGAUGGUGACGAACUUUUCCUUGAACGAUGUUGAGACGGCGUCUCAAGCUAACAGUAUCAAGUCGCCGUUGGACGAGGACGCAAUUGCCCAGGGCUCACCAGACUUGCCCAUGAGCGUCAGCUCAAGGAUUAGUAUGGACAGCCAUGCUAGAAGCUCUCUACCACUUUCCAAUAUGAUGCCUCCACCAAUGGCUCUGUUUAACCCGGAGGAUACAAACCGACGUUUUGUAGGUACUCCCGACUACCUGGCUCCUGAAACCAUCAAAGGCGAUAAGCAAGACGAGACUAGCGAUUGGUGGUCUGUUGGCUGCAUCCUGUUCGAAUUUCUCUAUGGAAUCCCUCCCUUCCACGCUGGUGAGGCUGAGCAUGUUUUCGAGAACAUCCUUGCCCGCAAGAUUCAAUGGCCAGAUGAGAAUGAAUGCGAACCGAUAUCCGAGGAGGCCAAAGACUUGAUCAAUAAGCUACUAUGCAUGGAACCCCACCAGCGACUGGGUUCUAAUCGGGAAGACAAGUUUUCAUCCGGAGGUGAAGAAAUUCGCAAUCAUCCUUGGUUCCAGGAUGUCAACUGGGACACGCUUUUGGAAGAUGAAGCUCAGUUUGUACCACAACCCGAGAAUCCUGAAGACACGGAAUAUUUCGAUGCUAGGGGAGCAGUCUUGCAGUCCUUUGCAGAGGAAAUGGAGGACCAGGCGUCUCCUCAAUCUUCUGCAGCUGGUUCUGAAUAUGCUGAACGGCCGCACGAUGCCCUGUCUCGAGUCCGCUCGCAGGUCAAUUCCAUAAAUCGGAAACUCAUGCCGUUGCACAUCCCACCGCAUGUCCGAGAUCUGAAGUCAAGACGUCUAAGCGAGCCAGUCGCGAUGGAUGAUUUUGGCUCUUUUUCGUUCAAGAACCUUCCCGUGCUGGAAAAGGCCAACAAGGACGUCAUUCAAAAGUUGAGAGCCGAGGCGUUAGCUGCGCAGAGUAAAGGAACCUCUAUUAGCCCUGGAGCAGCAAGCAGCGUCGUGUCACCUGGGCCAUCUCUCGAGGGCAGUCCUGUGCUAUCGCACCCUGUUUCCCGAACUAUAUCCAACGCAAAAGCGACGAACCGAGCACAGUCACCUUCUGGCUUUGGCCACGCAAGCGCAUCCCCCAAUCGGGCCUCUCAGCCUUCAUCGCCACUACUUGUGUCCUUUGUUGCUGGCCAAGGAGCCGACGGACGACGUAAAGCAUCAAGUAACUCCUCCAGCCUGUCGCAUCAAUCGACCGCUGCGACUUUGCAGCCAAGCUCAGCGUUUGAGAUACCCAAGGUGCCACCAAGCCUACAGAAGGCCGCCACUACUGUUGCAGCAUCGUCUCCUGUACAGACUCGCAGCGCAGCGCCACCACCCUUGUCCUUGUCGCCUUCAAAGACCAUAUCAACCCCAAGACAGGGCAGCAAUUCAUCUGCAGGACGUUCGAGGUCACUCACUGUGGGCUCGCAAUCCCAAGAUGGCAGCCCCGUUGCCUCUGACAUAAUGCACCACCACCGGAAUAGGAGAAGUCAAGUCUUUGACAUGUCCCCAUCCUCGUCAGAUAACGAAGGCGAGAAGCACAAUGCUCUUCUCCGGGUGCAAAGGCGCAGACAGAGCUCAAGACGGCUUUCACAGAUCGCUUUUGACGAAGGACCUACUUUCCGGCCACUUGAUGUGCUGAUAUGUGAGGAUCACCCUGUGUCUCGCAUGGUAAUGGAAAAGCUGCUGGAGAAGUUAAGAUGCCGUACGAUAUCUGUACCCAACGGAUCUGAAGCUGUCCGAUAUUCUAUGAGCGAGAUCAAGUUUGAUGUCAUUUUCCUCGAAUAUCAGCUUCCUCAAAUCAAUGGGGCUGAUGUAGCACGGAUGAUCCGCGAGACGAAAAACGCUAAUUCUCACACUCCCAUUGUGGCUAUCACGGCUUAUUUGAAGGAGCUUCAGGCACCGCACUACUUUGACUCGCUGAUCGAGAAGCCUAUCAGUUCCUCGAAGCUCACUGAGGUGCUGCAAGGUUUAUGUCGAUGGCGACCUGAAUCACCGGGACAUUCGUCAGGUAUGCCGCGGCCGGUUCCAAUGGGAAUUCGCAAGGCCAACUCACGCCUUGAAGAUAGUCCCACAUCAGGCUCGUCCAUCUUCGCUGGUCGUUUAGGUACCGCGAUGAUGUCCAGCCGGGAAGACUCGAUAUCCUCGUCUUUGUUCGGUGAUUCAGAGUCAGUCACAACCGACGAGCUACCGGUUGUCGUAAGCCGUAAGGGCACGAACGAGUGGGACGAAGGGGGUUUGAAUAUCACGGACAACAAUGAUGCUCCCGAACCUACGAAAAAGGGGGUGCCUCACCUCGUGGCUCAACAAUCAGCCCCGGCUCAGAUGGAACACCGCUCCCGGGGCAAUGAGAAAGUGAAAGCAAAGCGUGAAGGCUCCGAACAAAGAACGCUUGAAGGUACCGAGUCAGCGGAUGACGAGGAUGAAGAGUUGGGAGGUGGUAGAGAAAAGCACCAUGGACGGAAUAGCCAGCAAAUGUUGAGCAAAGCUGGUCUACCCAGCUCCAAGCUUGGUAUUGAGAUGAUGCGAGCGAACAGUCACGAUAGCUUGACGGUGGGCUCAGAAAGCACGCCUGAAGCCGUGACGCAAGUUGUGACUACGCCAUCGAAAGAAAUGGAAACCGGAGUUCUUGAUGGUGAAAUGGCCGUUGAAGCUACAGCACGUACACCUCCCGAUUCAGAAUUGAAGGUUGAGGAUGCUACACCCAAGACCGAUAAGGAUGGGACUGAUAGUGUAGACGCGACACCCCGGCCUAUUACCGUUGUGCGGGAUGGCGUUGGCGGUGAAGAUGAGGAAGCGACACCAAGACCGGUUGGGAGAUAA